AUGUAUAUGCACCCAUUUGCCAGUGAAGUGGUCAAAAAUUGCAGUCAGAUAACAUUGGCCAGUAAAGUGGUCAAAAAUUGCAGUCAGAUAACAUUGGCCAGUAAAGUGGUCAAAAAUUGCAGUCAGAUAACAUUGGCCAGUAAAGUGGUCAAAAAUUGCAGUCAGAUAACAUUGGCCAGUAAAGUGGUCAAAAAUUGCAGUCAGAUAACAUUGGCCAGUAAAGUGGUCAAAAAUUGCAGUCAGAUAACAUUGGCCAGUAAAGUGGUCAAAAAUUGCAGUCAGAUAACAUUGGCCAGUAAAGUGGUCAAAAAUUGCAGCCAGAUAACAUUGGCCAGUAAAGUGGUCAAAAAUUGCAGUCAGAUAACAUUGGCCAGUAAAGUGGUCAAAAAUUGCAGCCAGAUAACAUUGGUCAGUAAAGUGGUCAAAAAUUGCAGUCAGAUAACAUUGGUCAGUAAAGUGGUCAAAAAUUGCAGUCAGAUAACAUUGGCCACUAAAGUGGUCAAAAAUUGCAGCCAGAUAACAUUGGCCAGUAAAGUGGUCAAAAAUUGCAGUCAGAUAACAUUGGCCAGUAAAGUGGUCAAAAAUUGCAGCCAGAUAACAUUGGCCAGUAAAGUGGUCAAAAAUUGCAGUCAGAUAACAUUGGCCAGUAAAGUGGUCAAAAAUUGCAGCCAGAUAACAUUUGCCAGUAAAGUGGUCAAAAAUUGCAGUCAGAUAACAUUGGCCAGUAAAGUGGUCAAAAAUUGCAGUCAGAUAACAUUGGCCAGUAAAGUGGUCAAAAAUUGCAGCCAGAUAACAUUGGUCAGUAAAGUGGUCAAAAAUUGCAGUCAGAUAACAUUGGCCACUAAAGUGGUCAAAAAUUGCAGUCAGAUAACAUUGGCCACAGUGUCUGAGGUUCUAGACAGCCUAGAUGAGAUACAAUUCCUGACCAACACCUCAGAGGACGAUCGGGACUUCCUGGAGGCAGUAUUCCAGGACCACACACUCGCAGCUCUGCUAGAGUUGUAUGACAAGAUUAAUGCUAGGCCAUCCCCAGCAGCCUACAACACCGAUCUAGAUGCUAUCGAGAGAGCAACCGAGGUUAUCCACUCCGUACAGGAUGUGCCGGAACACUUGUCUGCGGAGAGUGAAGAACUGCAGGCUAUUCUGCUGCAGCCACAUGUGGUGGCUCUACUGCAGGCCCAUGACGUAGUUUCUCAUGAACUGUACAGGGACGAUGUCUAUGUAGCCACGCCUUCCCCUAGUCGGAAAUUUCUGAACGGAAAUCGCGACAUGGAGAGCUCUAGCUCCGCCUCUGAUGUGGAUAACCUUGCCCGAAUCCGAUUGGUCCAAUUUCAAAAGUCUUCAGAUGAACCAAUGGGCAUCACGUUGAAGGUCAAUGAUGACGGGAAAUGUCUAGUGGCGCGCAUCAUGCAUGGUGGAAUGAUCCACAGACAAGGCACUCUCCAUGUAGGUGACGAGAUCAAGGAAAUCAACAACGUCAGCGUAAAUCACCACUCCGUGGAGACAUUACAAAUGAUGCUGAAAGAUGCAGAAGGGGAGGUGUCGCUGAAGAUUAUCCCCAGUUAUAGAAACACACCUAAUCGUUGUGAGAUUUAUGUGAAAACAUUGUUCGAGUAUGAUCCCACAAAUGAUGACCUCAUUCCAUGUGCUCAAGCCGGCAUUCCUUUUAAAGUUGGGGAAGUUAUCCAGAUUAUCAGCAAAGAUGACCCCAAUUGGUGGCAGGCGAAGAAGUGGGGUCUGAGCCACAGUGGCCCCGCAGGAUUGAUUCCCUCCCCUGAAUUACAGGAAUGGCGGACAACGUGUUCGGCCAUUGAGAGGGCAAAACAGGAACAUGGAGCAAAUUGCUCCGGAAAGACAUGGUUUGGAAAAAAGAGGAAAUCAGCCCGAGACAAAUACAUGGCAAAAUACAACAUGAUAUUUGACCAGCUAGAUUUGGUGACCUAUGAAGAAGUACUACGACUAGAAACAUAUCAUAGAAAAACAUUGGUGCUUUUAGGUGCUCAUGGUGUUGGCAGACGACAUAUCAAAAAUACACUAAUUACCAGUCAUCCAGACAAAUUUGCAUAUCCCAUUCCUCAUACAACCAGAUCUCCGCGGCGUGAUGAAGAAAAUGGAAAGAACUAUUUUUUUGUUUCACAGGAAAAAAUGAUGUUAGAUAUAGCUAAUAAUGAAUAUUUAGAGUACGGAACUCAUGAAGAGGCCAUGUAUGGCACGAAACUCAUCACGAUACGACGUAUCCAUGAGCGAAACUUGGUUGCCAUUUUAGACGUCGAACCUCAGGCUCUCAAAGUUUUACGCACUGCUGAGUUUGCUCCCCUUGUUGUCUUCCUUGCUGCACCUCGGCCUGACGAUCUGCGUGAAAUGAAAAACAUCCCUGUCGAUGAUGGAAGCCUUGAACGCCUUGCUGAAGAAAGUGAACAGCUAGAAAAAGCAUAUGGACAUUACUUUGACCUCAGAAUUGUGAACAAUGACAUUGAUGAAACAAUAGAGACUUUGGAGAAGUCUUUUGAAGAAGUGAACGCUUCGCCUCAGUGGGUUCCUGUAAGCUGGAUUUACUGAUUUUCCGCACAGUAUUUUGCCCUCUUCCCAAAGAAAGAUGUGUCACCAGUUUCCUGUACUUCGACCAUAUUGUACCAAAGUUCUGGCAUGCUCCCCUCAAACGUGUUAGAUGCCUGUACCCAGAAUCACUAGGAGAUGGCAGUUCUUUAACUCCAGCAGUGGUAUUCAUCAAGGCUUGGUAUGCUCUCCCUUUCCAGCAAUAAACAGGGUUUGUGUCAAACCCGUCUGAAGAUGAACCAGAUUUCAUUGACCUCACUUGGAACCCAGUAGCUCAUCAGUUAACAUCAUCCAUACACCCUGGGUCAUCUGGUUUGUGUAUUGGUUCGUACAAACAGGAAUGGUGGUAUUAAACCAAGGGCUUUGCUUACUUAUCCCUGCAAACCUUGUGGAGAGGAAUCAGAUGAAAAAGCUCUUAAUCAUACGUAGAGUACACUCUUGGAUGUCUGAGGGUGUUUAUCAGCAAAGAUUGAUCUACUGGCCCAACCAAGGCUUACAUAGAGGAAUCAAGCUACUUACAACUUACCAUAUUGAGAUGACUUGCAUGGAAUGUGUUGAUAGAUGUCCCCCACUAGUGUCUAAGGUAUUUCCUACUUUCAUUGAUAAACCUUGUAGCCAGGAGUCAACCUACCUAUGACCUGUUUUUUCUUUGUAUCCCACGGAAAUGGCCCCCAAGGGUAGACAUGCUUAUUCUGGUCUCUCGCAGCAGUUAAUCCAGUUGGCCUUGCAAACAAGCGAGAAAUCAGAUUACCCUAGAUCUACUUUGCCCUUGAUCUUUUGGUGAAUAUCUUCUGGUGCUCGUCAAUCCAACGAUUCACCUGUUGCAAAUCUAUCCUUUAGGAUAUACAAGUAACAGACCACCAGGAAACUGAAAAAGUAGUUCAUUAAAACAUGGUCUUUUAUAUUUCUUUAAUACCAGUGAGAGUAUCUUGUUGGAGCAGAAUGUGAUCCCUUUGUUUCAGGUACUACCCUGUGCUUUAUCAGGGCAGUUCUUGUUGCACAUAUAUAUGGAGAAUUUGACCAAGCCAAAGGUUGUCAGAAACAAGGCUUUACUGAGAAUUGUCUGCACACAAAGUCAAGCAUGGUUUCAACAUCCAUAUGAAGUUGAAGCUAUGAUGCACAGUGUAAGCUUAUUUAGGUAGCUCUUGUUAAGAUAAACUUUCUGCCUAUGGUAACCUUCACGUUCAGGGAGAGUGCCUGAGGGCAUGGGAUACACAAGGGAGAGCUAACCAGCUAACCAUGUGUUUGGAGAAUCUACUGCUGUGAACAGGGAAUGCUGCUGAUGGUUUGUCUACUGCUACUGCCCUUGCCCUAGCUGUCUUCUUGUGCCCCAGUGUGGUGUGCUGAAAAGUUGGGUGGUCUUCUGCUGUUUGUAUGUCUUCAUAUCUCAUCCUACCCUUUCCAGCAGCCAUAUACCACUGUGAUGCAAGUAACAUGGCUCACCACUGUGUCCUUUUUGGUGAGAUGAACAUUGUUUUGGUCAUGAAGUACUGAACUUAGCUGACCUAGUUUGCCAUCUACUGUUGGCAUGCAAGAAUUUACCUGAGACUUCACCAUGUUGCCAAUCAUUAACGAUGCAUCUUAAUCAUCAAAGAAUUUUACCCAUCAGCUCAGUUGAUUUGAGGACAUUGAGUGACUAUAGCCUAUUUGGAACUGCUAAAACGUCUGCUGAGAUAUUUUUGAGGAAAGAAGAAGCUGUUCAAAGCAGAAGUGAGAAGAAUUUAAUCCUGUUUUGAGAAAGACGUAAAGAAAAACCUGUUCAUAUCUCUAAAAAAUAAUGGGGUAAAGUGUUCAAUAGCAUAAUUGUAUGCAGCUCGUCAAUAUUUUUAAAAUCAUGCAAAUGGUCACAACAUUUGUUUACCAUUAUGUAAGUGCUUGAUUGUUUCCACAUCUGACUUUGAAGUAAAUGUGGAGAAACAAAUUGGUGAACAGCUUAAAACAGACAGUGCCAAGACUUGUUUUCCAAGCUGAUUUGCUGGUUUUACUUUUCAAUCUCUAAGAAUUUGAUUACGAUGAUUUCUAUCUUGGAGCUAGGAAAUUGCUGGGAAGGGCAUUAGGGAAAGCCCAUCUUUGACCUUGAAUAUUGUUGUAUAGAUUGAGGGUCUGAACUUUGGAUACUUCGCUUACAGUUCAAAUUUCUUCAACAGAAGAUGUUCUUUGUCAGAUUGCAACUCUCCAGAAAUGACAAUUGCAGGUUUCCAAGGGUAUAUAUGUAAGCCUAUAUUUGAACAUCUUAAGUCCUCAUCAGGUAUUCAGGGUGUUAAGGUGGGAAUUCUUAUUGGUCUUUCACAUCAAACGGGUGAUGUUACCAGCCAAGGACAUAUCACAGAACAUUUACACUGGGAUUUUUAUUUGUCGAAAGUCACGACCAAUGUUUUUGUUUUGGUGAACGUUUUCUCAAACAAGUAACCACCUUUUGUGAGAGAAAAGAAAAGAGGAACUUGUGCUUUUGUGUCGGUAAUUUUUGAAAUAAAGAUCUCUGGAUUUAGCUAAAAAGAUACAGAAAAAGGAUGAAAACGACAAUUGAGGAGUCAAGAUUUCCUUUCUGAAAAAAGCCCCAGGAACCCGAACGUUCCUCUACGCGUAGCGUGUAGUUAUCUGUUCAUUGGUAAUGUUCAUGAAAUCUUGGCAUGGAGCAGAAUUACUCGCCAGAGCAGAAAUAUGGUCCAUUGAACCUGAAUCCAUUGAGCCAAUAAACUGCGGAAGACAAUCAUCCAGUAUUACUCUCAUUAAGAUCUUUAUGUCCCCUAUACAUUUCCAACCUCUAGUCCUACUAACCUCAGUGACAGGUUGUAUUUUGAUGUGUUCAUUUCACGCCUUUGGUUGUUUGGGCGUAGAUUAUCGAAGUACUCUACCAUUCCGUUUCUUACUGCCAGUGUGUCAUGCGCAACCGUUACUUCGUUCUAACCUGCGUGAUAGUGUUACUAAAGAAGACAGAGCAGAAGUUUGUUGAAAGUAAACGACGGACAGACUCAGGUAGUUCAUGUGGACAUACUAGUUAUCUGAGAACCGUUUUGAUCGAGCAGAUUUUUAACAAAAAUGACAUGUUUUGUGCCGCGAACUGACCUGCUUAUGUGUUAUUUAACCAGUACUUUAAGGUUUAUCAGUCUUGAAAAAAUAUAGUCCUAAGUGGACGUGGCCUAUUUUUUUUUUAGUUUAUUGUAAACAGAAACAGCCAAAUCGGACUGCGUCCUUCGAUCGUAAACCUGGGAAAAAUUCAGUGAUUAAUGGAGAGAUAAAAUACAGAAAUACACGUAAGUUGAAAUUUUCAAGCGAUAUAUAAUUUGCCAAAUAUGUCCAUAGAAUCAGACCAUAACUAGAAUAUUUCUUUUCAGCUAGAAUUUAUUUAUUCAUUUAAUUGGUGUUUAUGGCGUACUGAAGAAUAUUCCACUUAUACCACAGCGGCCAGCAUUAUGGUGGCCCGGGAGUAACCAACACCGUUCACCAGGUUGUUUGGCAGAUCUGGUACGACAGGAUAGGAAGCCAGCAUGCUUUUCAGAAAGAAAGACAUAUCCAGAUACUAUAAACGGAUUUAAAAGAAUGUCAUUGUAAGCAAUGACAUAUCUGACUUCGGAAAGGUGGUAUAUUCCAGUGAUUGUGUUAGGUCAGUGUACAGAGGUCAGUUGUCAGACGUCUUGUUGAGGCGCACGAUUUCAGUCCCCUUCAUUGUGACCAGUGCGGAGAACAUCGCUGUUCCGGGCACUGGAGCUACAUUUUUAUAUGCUGUAGGAAAUAUGUAUAUGUGUUGUUAAGCCAUUUGUAAGCCCUCGAAAUGUUAUAUUAUAGUUCUGUAUGUACCGUUACCUGAUUACUACUGAUUUGGGUUUGUACGUGUGGAUACAAUUAGCAGGACUACAUAAACUUGGCAGUAUUUGCCAUUCGAAAGCCGUUCAGUUGUAUAUACGCGUGCUAGUCAGCCGGUUAUCUAUGCACUAUAUGACGUCGUUCUUGUACAGAUUUAGUAAUAAAGCAUUUGGACACUGCUCG